AUGGCAGCUCUCGAGGGCGAAAAUUCCGUGGAUGUCGAGGUCCAACCUGUGGCACACAUCAAAGUCCAAGUCGGCGGUCUCGCGGGGCUCGAGACCAUUUCCCUGUACCCAAAUUCGAUCCUCAAGUUCGGACAAGGCGAUCUACAGGGCUUGUCCCCGGAUCAUCUUGAGUUCUACGUGAUCAACUUCGACGAGCAGCUCCCGGCUCUCUGUUAUGUCCGCGACAGACAGUCGCAGAACGGAAUCCGAGUCAACGGCCACUUCCUGGGAGCACACGACACCAUCACCCCUGGUCACUGUCUGCAAGACGGUGACGUUGUUACUGUUCCCAUCUGCAAGAAAGGCGACAGAAAAGCCGGGGGCGGCCAUCCACAGUUGACUUUCUACUUCUGUCAAGAACUUCCCGAGAGACCGCCGUUCAGUUUAAAGCCUCUCCAGCGCAAAGAGGCGGCAUCGUUUGCAGAACGCUACCGUAUUACUGACCGGCCCAUAGGCGACGGAGCUCAUGCUAAGGUCUACCUGUCCGUGGAAACCGCCACUGCUAGACAGGCGGCUUGCCGAGUUGUGGACAUGGACGCCCUCCGGCAUAAACGUGAUGCCCAGAGCACGCUGAGACGGUUGCGGCAGGAAAUUGACACCCUCCGCCAGCUUCACCAUCCUAACAUCAUCUCCUAUGUCCACGCUGCCCAGUCCCCCCAUACCUUAUACUGCUUUACAGAGCUGGCUACAGGCGGGGACCUGUUCUCUUUCGUCCAGCGUCGAUUGCUUUAUGGCCCGGCCAUCCGUGAAGGAGACCUAAAGAUGAUCGUGCGGCAAAUUGUCGAUGGGGUCAGUUACCUGCACAAGGCUGGCGUCGUACACCGAGACUUGAAGCCCGAGAACGUCUUGUUUGCUAUUCGCCCGACUCCGGACUACCGCAUCGUCCUUAGUGACCUUGGCCAUUCCGGGCUACAACGCCAGAGACUCAAAUCGCUCGUGGGAACAGAGCAGUACAUUGCACCUGAGAUGGCCACCGACGGCUCGGAUGCUCAACAUGGGUUCCCCGUUGACAUGUGGGCGCUUGGAAUUCUGAUCUUGUUCAUCGUCGACAGCCAGGAACGCUGCCAAUUUCACGGACUCGUUCAGAAACAAGUCGACGAUCGAAUCGAUGGCCUUUGUAGUAAUUCUGGCAUGAAACUAACCGCAACUGCGCAGAGAUUUCUCAAAAAAUGCCUCAAGAUCAACCCUGACGAGAGGCUUACGGCAUCUCAGGCUGAGAACCAUGGAUGGUUCAGGGCUAAGGCGCACCUCGAGCGGUUGAAAAGGCUUCGAGAUCGAAUUGAAACGUCGUGGAGUUCUACACGUAAGGUGUUCUCGAUGGUAGAGACGAUCCCUGAUAUGAGCAACGUCGGCCAUUCUCCGAAGGCUUCAUUGAAGCAGGAAGUCUCUAGCAAGCUAAAGAAGACUACGGGAGAGCGACUUGAAUGCUCGAAGCGGCCCGCAACACCAUCGUCAGCGGGUCUCGGUGUAAGUUCGAGUGACCUAAAGAAGGCCAACCAGUCGAGAAUGAGAGCUCCCAGUGGUCAACGCAACCAAAUCACCCUCCUCUCGAAGUAUCUCGAUCACGAAGAACUAGAGAAACCCCGGUCAAGCUCACCAGCUGGCCAUGGGCUCUUCAGUUCUCUGCAGUUGCAGUCGAUUCCAGAGACCUUUGUGAUGCAUGGUCAUGGCCAGAAAUCAGAGGAAGGACCACCCUUGAAACGAACGAAGAAGGAGGAAAAAACCGACUUCCAAAACGACGUCAGAUCUAAGGUCCAGCCCGUUCAAUUCCAAAUGGGACGUGAAGACAACCGCGGCUGGGGGCAGUCCCGUUUACGUCCACGGUUCGGGGCUCAGAAAGGUGUCUCUUGUCUUGGACACUGA